AGUAUUGUUCCGGAAAUGGACAAUGAAGAGUUUCUUCUUAGCGAUAAAAGUCAAAAAGACCCCUUUACGGUAAGAAAAUCAGUAAAUAAACCCACGUCUACGUAUCUAUACUGUGUAUAGUAUAAAUUUCUGCAUAUAAACAUACUGUAUGCAGUAUGUAUCCGUAUAUAUAAACCCCAUACACUAUUUAUAUAUUUUGUUAUAUAUAUAUAGAUUUGAUAUAGAGUAUAGAAUAUAGUAUAUACUUCUGCUAGUAACCAAUACCUGUAAUAUACUGUGUAUGCAGUGUUUGUAUAUUAAAAAUGACGAAUACUUUUAUCUAGCUAUUAGGCCUAAAAUGUUACAAAAGAAAAUAUUAGGAAAGAAACCUCCAACAAAUGAGGGGGAAGAUGGCGCGAGAAUCGCAGCCAAACAGGUCGAUAGCACGGAAUAGCAGCAGAGAAUCGUAUUAGGCCUACUUUUAUUGUGCUCUUACCUAUACCAGCGCUUUUCUGUGUGCUUUUUUGGACAGAAUAAACGCCGAUUUCGACUACUAGAUAAAUUAUAAGACUGGAUAAGGAUGACAGAGUUAGAGGACGUAUCAUACGAACGGGACAGUUCAAUGUUCUUCAGAAGCGAACACAAGAGAAUCGAUUAUAUUAUAGUUUAUCAAGAUUAUCCAAAAUCGGAAGAAGAUUAUAAUAUAAGGACAAAGCAAAGGAAAGAAUUUGAGAAGAACCUUAUUUCGAAAGGAUUAGAAUUAGAGUAUGACCCUGAACCAGACUCUGAGGAUUACAACAGACGAAAGUAUAAAUAUAUAAAGAUCCAUGCAUCGUGGAAAUGCUUAUUGGAAGGAGCGGAGAAGCUCGCAUUACAAAAAAGGCUAAAGCAUAGCUCUAAUAGAAUAGAUGAAGCGUUAAAUACAAAUUGUUUGAGUUGUUCAUGCCGAAAUUUUACUGGCUUUCCACCACUUCCAGAAGAUAUAGAGUGUGAACCAAAUUAUUUUACAGCUCCCUUUGACAAUGAUGACAUAGAACAAUUUGACAUUGAAUUAGAAAAUCAAGAUGAGUUUUUUACAAAUGCCGAAAGGAGUUUAAUAGUUGAUAGUGUUCUUGCUGAGACAGCAUUUCCAGAUUAUGAUGAUGAUGAUGAGGAAAGCACAGGAAAUCGUAUGACAUUUGGCAUUGAUAAAUUAGUAAAAUUAGACAUUUAUCGUUCUUGCUAUCCACUUCAUGAAAGCUUAAAGAGAGCUGAGUCGGAUGAUGAAGACAGGAGAAACUUACGACUUUAUUGGGCUAAUUGGAAGAGGAUUUUCACUUUUCAACCACUAGAUCUGGUGAGAAAGUAUUUUGGAGAGAAAAUAUCAAUUUAUUUUUGCUGGCUUGGAUUUUAUACUGGGAUGCUUAUUCCAGUUGCCAUUAUUGGUUUUGUAUGCUUCAUUUAUGGUGUUGCUUCAUUCUUUAGACAAGAACCAGUUAAAGAUAUUUGCGAAGAAGAUAGAUUGGGUAACCUUAUAUUGUGUCCAAAAUGCGAUAGAGGAUGCACAUUUACAAGGCUAAAGAAUAGCUGCUUAAACUCAAGAUUGUCGUACAUUUUUGACAAUAAUUCUACUUUGGCGUUUGCCCUAAUUAUGUCAAUUUGGGCUACUGUUUUCUUGGAAUUCUGGAAAAGAGCUGAAAAGAGAGUACAGUAUGAUUGGGAUGUUUCACAUUACGAAGAAGAAGAGAAAAUGAGACCGGAAUAUGAAUUGAAUAAUCAGAAAAGGGAAAAUCCUAUAACAAAAAAAAUGGAAGCCUUUAUACCUUGGACCAUCAAAGGUCCACGAAAAUGCCUUUCUCUGUCUGUGGUUCUAUUUAUGAUCACUUUAGUAUUGGCUACUAUAUUUGGAGUUAUCGUUUAUAGAAUAAUUUUUGUUGCUGUCUUGUACUCACUUCCCCACAAUCUAAUUAAGGAAAGGGCUAGCAUUAUAACAACAAUUACAGCUGCUUUAAUCAACUUAAUAGCUAUUCAAUUACUAAGUUUUAUAUAUAGAAAAUUGGCAAAGUAUUUGACAGAUAUAGAGGCACCAAAAACGAAUACCCAAUAUGACAACAGUUUUACGCUAAAGAUGUUUCUCUUCCAGUUCAUUAACUACUACGGUUCUAUUUUCUACAUCGCAUUCUUCAAAGGACGAUUUGCUGGCAAACCAGGAGAUAAGGAGGGUUACUUUCUGGGCAAAUGGAGACAAGACGAAUGCGAUCCAGCUGGUUGCUUUGUAGAUUUGUUUAUUCAAUUAGCUAUAAUAAUGGGAGGAAAACAAAUUUUUAAUAAUGUAAAAGAACUUGCCAUACCUCUCGUUCGCAAAUAUCUCAGGCUUAAGAUUGGUAAGACGGAGCACAAACCAGCAGAAAAUGCAAGAUGGGAAAUUGAUCGUCCUUUGCUUGAUCCACCAGAUAAUAUGUUUGAUGAAUACUUAGAAAUGGGUAAUUAAAGAUAUGAUAAUGGAAUUUUAAUUAAAUAAUUAUAACAUUCUAUUUUUACUUAUUAUUUCUUUUCAUUUUCCCUCCUUACUAUACUCGAAACAACAAAUAUUUAGUCAUUCAAUUUGGUUUUGUCACAAUAUUCGUGUCAGCGUUUCCACUAGCUCCACUCUUUGCACUUAUUAAUAAUCUUUUUGAAAUUCGAUUGGACGCCAUCAAAUUUGUUUGCAUUUGGAAAAGACCAGUAGCUCAUAAGUCACAAAGUAUUGGUGCCUGGUAUGGUAUUCUAAAAAGCCUUACAUUUAUUGCUGUUCUAUCAAAUGCUUUUAUCAUUGCCUUUACAACUGACUUUAUUCCAAGAACUGUUUACAUUUAUUCCAAUAGUAAUUUAACUGGUUACGUUGACAAUAAAUUGGCUUAUUUUAACGUUUCUGACUUUAUCCGAAACGAAACUGGACCAGAUGCAUCUCGUUGGAAGAUUGAUAGUGAAGAUAAUACGGCUAAUAUAACCUUUUGUAGGUAUUCAAGCUAUUACGGAUAUGAUGCUACAAAGACAAUGGGAAAUGAUCGUUACUUCAAGACGUCUUUGUACUGGAGGAUUUUAUUAGCAAGAGUAUGCAUGGUAAUAGUUUUCGAGCAUACAGUCUUUCUUCUUACCUGGUUAAUAUCAGUACUAAUACCGGAUGUUCCUGGUGAUAUUCGCCUACUCAAACAAUACGAAAAAGAGAUACGAAAAGAAAUUAUACAUGCUCGAUUAGAGCAUAAGCAUAGUGGCUGCGGAAUGGGACAAGAAAGUAAUAAAUGUGAAAAUACAUCAGUCGAGUAUAGAAAUAAAGCAUUUAAUGCCAAAGAAGCAAAUGCCUAAUGUUUCUAUGUUUAACGUUUGCAUUAUAUAUAUAUAUAUAGUAUAUACGGUAUAUAUAUAUAUAUAUAAAUUAGCGUUGUAAUAUUUUUGUUUUCUUUUAUAUAUUUGUGUUUAUUUGUUAGUUUGCAUUACAUCUACGAUAGUAUGCUAUUGUUUUAUUUGCUUGCUUCAUGCUCGUGUUUGUCUGUAUAAGAACUAUAGCAUUAUCGAAUAUGAAAAAAUUUUGUUUAUACUUUUGUUUUUAAUUAAUUCCCUUAAAAAAAGAAAAACAUAUUAGUGGAAAAUGAAAAAAAAUAGGUAGAAAAAUGAAACCACAGGCUUUCGAUGGUAAUUAUUAUAAUGUUAAUUAAGAACAAUCAACUACUUAAAUAGCCUUAUCAAACUAAAAAUUAAUCUUAAAUACUCUUCUUUGCUAUUAAAUAUACUCUGGAUAUUAUGUUUGCCAUUUUUUAUAUGGACUGUAUCAGAUCUUUGCGUUUUAAUCUCGAAUAUAUAUUUAUAGUGAGUGUAAAGUAAAUAUAAAAAAUAAAUUGGAUUAUGGAUUUUGGCUUUUUUUUUAAUGUUUUUUUUUUAUAUUUUUUUAUUUUUUUUCUGGAAACUUCAGUUUUUUUUUU